CAGUAGCGGAACUUGCAGGGGCCAAUCAACGGUGGAUCAACGGUUGAAUGGAAUCAACGGUGGAUGGAUGGUUGAAUCUUGGACGACGUAUAGAAAUGAUAUACGUGGAAGGUGCUAUACCGUGGAUUACGAAAUACCGUGGAUCAACGGUAGAUUCCGGUACACGAAGUUGAAAAUUCCUCGAGGAUUCCGAUAAACCGUUAAUUCACCGUUGAUUCACCGUUAAACUUCAACCACUGAAUGAGUUCUUCUAUGGAUGCCACCACUCUGAACUGUGUGUCGUUUUAUCUAAAAGCCCAUUCUACCAUCUGUGCCGCCAUCGUCAAGCGCAUUUAGCUUAGAGAUCUCUGUCUGUAAUCAUUGUAAAACACUUUCCUUGCAAUGAAGCUAUAGAAAAUGUCUACUGGACAGCAGAACUCGGUCUUAGAUGCGCAGGCUCCUUAUCCUCUUCUCGAUUCUGACGAUGAGAAUCCCUCUGUUCGGGAAGAUUCCCUUUCUCCACGCGCACACAAGCGACAGCGCCGCGAAGAACUCUCUGCGCCGAAGAAGCGCAGUAAGGGGACGAAGAACGGACAAGCGUCCCAGUCCGAGCUUGAUUUCCUGUCUCAAGCAAAGAAAUUUGGGCGCGAAACUCGGUGGAGUUGGUUCCUCAACCAUGACACCGAUGCCUAUCCUUCGUUGAUCCGGAAGGUAUAUGGCCAGGAUUUUCCAGCCGAAAUGACUGCGGAUUCUGCCCUCUGGCGCCGGGCCAAACAGGUCUUUAAAGACCAAGUCAAAACGUUCAAGGCCCAAACCAUCGAGAAGAUGAGAGACUGGCUCGAGCAGAACGUACUCCUGAAUCAAGUCUUGUCUCGACUAGAUUCCGCUGGUGUUGCCCUCCAUCUCGGCGAAAAGUUCUCUUCGGAGGAUUUCCUUAACGUAUGGUAUUAUAUGAAGGGAUAUCUAGAUGUAGAUAAAUCCUCUCAAUUGGGGGAAUUUUAUUGCAAGUCCAUGUUUAUGUCCCUGGGCUCGUUCGUGUGGGGGAUUGUUCGGGCGGAGCGUAUAGAGAAGACUGGCUCCGAAACGGCGAAAUCCAAGCUUCAUAAAGCUUGGUAUUCAAUGUGCCUUGCGGAGCCGUUUGAGGACGUGGAUAGGGAGUGUUUUAAAGAGCUAUUUAAUAUUAGCUCUGGGCAGAGGGACCCUACACCGCGUCAAAAUGACGCUACACUAGCGACAAUGUCGUUUGCACUUAUAGCCCCCCCUCCUCACCCCCGCGACUCUAGGUCCGGUGGCAUUGUGCCUGGACUUCUAGAUCUUUGGGAUUCCCAACGUAUUCUUGGGUAUAGGAUACAUACACGUAUACUUCUUAUUCCGGCACGUAUUGUCUACCUGCUAUAGUGGAUCCUACUACCCGCCUACCUGCCUGUCUGCCCGGAAUGUAAUUUCCUUUACUAGUUUUCUUUUGAAUGAUAAAGUAAAUAGAAUAGAAUACGAUACUAUGUCUAAUAGCCUACUGUAUUCUCAAUUGCGAG